AUGAUAAACAUCAAUAUCAAAACGGAGACCCCAAUCUGGGCACGGGAGCUCACUGAGGACCAACUGAGCUUCUAUCCAGCUCUUCCCGGAUAUGAACAUGAAAUUGAUAUGCCAGCUUAUCAGAACUGCAUGAAAGAUUCGAGAAACUGCGUGGAUGACGAUGUGAAGCACAAGAAUAUUGUCGUUUUUGUAGUUCUCGAAGAAAUCGGGAAGUUCGAGAAGCUCUGGGGCUCUCGCUGUCCCGGCAAAGAGCACCUCAUGUGGCCGCUAGUCGGAUACAAUGUGUACGGAAGACUUGGAGUGCCGAUUUCUUUAGCCACCAUCAAAAACGUCUUUGCUGAGCAGCGAGCAAAACUCCGGCAACGCCUCAGCACCAUCAUAAAAUCGAACACAGCGAUUUCUGUGGAAGAUUUGGAAGAAAGACUAUGGAAGUUCCCGGAGUAUCCGCUUAUCCGAUACUAUAGGAAACAAACUCAGGAGUUGGAAAAAAGGCUAAGAUGGUCUGGGAUUAUUGGAAACGAUGGGAAGCACAUAGAGAUCUUUUUGGAUGAGGAGGAUAGAGAUUUUGAGGAGAAUGGGUUUGUGGAGCCAGUUAGGGAUUCUGGAGAGCAGGAAGGACAGUUUUUGGGGCAAGGACAUGGGGAGGAUGGGCAAGAUGGGCAAGUACAGGCAAGACAUGGGCAAGUACAGGCAAGCCAUGGGCAAGGACAGGCAAGCCAUGUGCCAGGACAGGCAAACCAUGGGCAAGGACGGGCAAGCCAUGUGCCAGGACAGACAAGCCAUGUGCCAGGACAGACAAGCCAUGGGCAAGGACAGGCAAGCCAUGUGCCAGGACAGACAAGCCAUGUGCCAGGACAGACAAGCCAUGGGCAAGGACAGACAAGCCAUGGGCAAGGACAGGCAAGCCAUGGGCAAGGACAGGCAAGCCAUGUGCCAGGACAGACAAGCCAUGGGCAAGGACAGACAAGCCAUGGGCAAGGACAGGCAAGCCAUGGGCAAGGACAUGCAAGCCAUGUGCCAGGACAGGGAAGCCAUGCGCAAGUACAGGCAAGACAUGGGCAAGUACAGGCAAGGCAAGUGCCAGGACAGGCAAGCCAUGGGCAAGGACGGGCAAGCCAUGGGCCAAGACAGUAUUCGGAGCACGGACAAGGCCAAAAUCGACGAGAAUCGAUUGAGAAUCAGGAGACAGAGAAACAGAUUUCGAGAAGGAGCAGCAGAUCUGGGAAGGAUCAGACUCCUGGAAAUUCGGUGGACAGGCCAAGGACAAGGAAUGGACGAUUUUUGUCCACUAAAUCUAGGAAACGACGUUCUGAGAAAGCCAUCUUUGAGCAGUCGGGACCAUUGUUGCCACAGCAUCUGGAGAAUCAGAGUUUGACAUCCGGAGCUCAUGAUUGUCAGCAAACGCCUGCUCCAUCUACUAGGAGUCAAGCACAUCGCCAAACUUCAGAGCGUCAGAAUUUGAGGAAUAAUCAACAACAGAAUCCAGUCGAACUUCCCCCGAUGAAUAGACCACCGCCACCAUAUGUUCCAGUCCAACAGCAAUAUCCAACACCAUCAGAAGCUCCUGCUCCACCAACCUACAACUUCAAUUUCCAAAAUUUCUCUGAAAUUUUUAAGAAUCAUCUGAUGAGCAUUGUAGGCUAUUCGCCAGAAAAAAUGCGUCUGGUUCGUAGUGUUUUGAAUCAGACCGCCUGUAUUUUGGAUGGCGAUUUGCCCCAAAAUUGUAGCCAAUCUCAGAUUUUUCAGAAAUUGAAUUCCCUAUUUCCCAACAAAAAUCGCCCUAAUUAG